AUGGGUUACCAAGAUGCUGUCCACGUUCAGCGCGCCGCGCAGCCGCCUAGCCAGGGCGCCGGCUCCCAGGGCAGCGAUGCUGCAAACGCAUAUCCCUCCCCCUCGUCGUCUGUCUCGCCGAGUCGCAGGCCCGUGAACGGCCACCGCAACCAACCAUCAAUCACGCUCCAGGGGCCCUCAAAUAAUGCCGUCCAGGGAAAUAGGACAUCCGUGCAGAGCUUGGGCGGCUUUUCAAACGGCUCCCGCGAUGUCGAGACCCCUGAGCCCGACCGGUACCGCGACUCCGUUGCGUCGAAUGCCAUCCACGGAGACGUACCCUACCGACAAGCCCGCAUCAGCGUCAUGUCUAACAGCCCGCCCGCCUCCAUGGCCGGAGACGUCCUCACCGAAGACUUCAAGAGGCAUACCAUAGCUUCCGACAUGCGUUACGAGGAUCUCGAGGAGGAGCCCGAGUUCGAACAGCCGCAGUACUUCCACCAACCGUACCAGGUCCAGCCUGUAAAGCCGAGGAAGGCUGAGCGCCGGGAUCGAGUGAAGUCAACCUACUCUGAUUCUCAAGGCUCCUCCAGCGGUCAGAGCUCUGGACCUCGCGUCGGUCUAUCUCAGCCUCGCUCAACUGUGACUCGGCCCGUGUCCGCGUUCACUCUUAACCCUCGCGACCGCCAUCCUUCUCCAGGCUCCGGUGACCUUCUUGCGCCGUCUCCUACAUCAUCUCCCGCUCCGUACGCUCGUUCAUUGUCGGGCAGUCGACGGUCUCCGGAUAACAGGCCUCACUCGUACGUGGACCUGCUCAACAAUGUUCCUUACGCGCAGCAAAUUGCACCAGCGCAGGACUUGUCUCAGAGUGCUCUGCGCGGCCUGGUCGGGAACGACGUGUCGCUUCUGGAUACCCAAAAGACGGUGGAGAUGUACAUGGCGAAUGUCAAGAAGACUCCGGAUUCGUCGGUUCAGUACGAGUUUGCCGUUUACCUUGUUCAAGCUGCCAAAGAAUAUAUCCACUCCGAGGAUCCGGCGAAAAAGGCUUAUGCCGAGACAGUGAUGGUUAAGGAAUCACGGCAAAUUUUGCAGCGGCUGGCGGAUCGCAGCUAUCCGUUUGCUCAGUAUCUCCUUGCAGACGGUUAUUCUUCCGGGUUCUUCAACAAAGGCAAACCAGACCAGGAGAAGGCGUUCCCUCUCUUCGUUGCGGCGAGCAAACAUGGACACGCCGAAUCCGGAUUCCGCGCCGCGCUUAUGUACGAGCAUGGGUGGGGCUCCCGCAAGGAUCUGGCCAAGGCUUCCCAGUUCUACCGUGCUUCGGCCUCCAAGGGCCAUCCAGGUGCUGCAUCCCGCCUUGGCCAGGCCUGUAUCUUCGGGGAGCUGGGACUUGGUCGGCGGGACCGAGAAGGCUUAAAGUGGCUAAAGCGUGCCUCGGAAUCCGCGGAUCCGCAGUACAACGUAGGCCCGCUCCUCCUUGCAAAGCUCCAUGAGCAUGGCCAUGGUGACGACUGUUUCAAAGACGAGGCCUAUGCCGCACAGCUGUACACUCAAGCUGCCGAGUUGGGCAACGCUGAGGCCUGCUUUAAGAUGGGCGAAUGUUACGAGCAUGGUUUUCUCAACUGCCCCAAGGAUCCCGCACUUAGCGUCCAUUUUUACACUGGAGCUGCCAUGCAAGACAUCCCAGAUGCCAUGAUGUGUCUUUGCGCUUGGUAUUUGGUUGGUGCGCCGCCAGUCCUGGAGAAAGAUGAAAAUGAAUCGUACGAAUGGGCCAAGCGCGCAGCCGAAACGGGGCUUCCUAAAGCUGAGUAUGCUGUGGGCUACUUCACCGAGAUGGGCAUCGGCUGCAGACGUGACCCUCUCGAGGCAAACGUCUGGUACGUUCGCGCAGCCGACAAAGGCGAGCCGCGCGCGAAACAACGCCUGGCCAUCAUCCGAGCGGCAGCCUCGGGAGAAACAGGGGCCAUCCAGCCCGAGGGAAGGAAAAAGGGCAAGGACGACAAAGAUUGCGUGGUCAUGUAG